AUGAAAUGUACAAAGCAAACCAAGACGAUUAAUUGUUAUGGUUUUUCAGCACUGAACCUGUUGGAGAACGCCGAUAACGGCCCGCUCGGCCGGUACAGCCGGGCCGUCCUGGGGGUCUCCAUUCCGGAGUGCCCCACCGGCGGCUGGACUCCCGGUCGACGGUUCAGGACCCGUGCGGCACGGGAGACUGCGGUUUCCCAGUUGCGCGGCCUGGCGCCGCCCGUCCUGCAGCCAGCCGUCGGUUGCCGACGGUCCGGCCGGCUUGCUGGCCGACGCUGA